AUGGCCUCGGCGAACCGCGGGGCGGCGCCCAGGUUGAGCCGAAAGCGGGCUCGCGGUGUUGCGGAUGACGGUGUAUCGCCGGCCGCUAUGGGGUCCAGCCCGAUGCCGUCGUCACCGCCGGGGUUUGACAUUGCACACGGCCGGGACGAUGACGACGACAUUGAGGAGGCGCUGGAUAUUGAGGACAACAUUGACGACCUGGACGAGAUGGCGGAAGACGACGUGGAUCUGUUCCGUGAGGGCUUUGAGCGGGACUACCGCGAGAAGGACGAGACGGACGAGUACGAGGGCAUCGGCAUUGACGACGGGGACUUUGACGCGAUGGACCUGGGCGAGCGACGACGACUGGAGGCGCAGCUCAACCGACGUGACCGCGAGGUGGUGCGGCGACAGCGGAUGCCGGCGGCGUUUCUGCCGGGCGAGGACGAGGACGGCGACAUGGACCUGACGGCACAGCCACGGCGGCGGCGCCAUCGGUACGACGAGGACCCGGACGACAUGCUGGACGGCGACAUCAUGGACGAGGAGCUGUCGUUGGAGGCGCUGCAGGACGUCAAGGCCGGCAGCCUGACGGAAUGGGUGUCGCAGCCAGCCGUGCAGCGGACGAUCAAGCGCGAGUUCAAGGCGUUCCUGACAGAGUACACGGACGAGAGCGGGUCGUCGGUGUAUGGCAGCCGGAUCCGGACGCUGGGCGAGAUCAACGCAGAGUCGCUAGAGGUGUCGUAUGACCAUCUUUCAUCAGCCAAGGCGAUUUUGGCGUACUUUCUGGCCAACGCGCCAGCAGAGAUGCUCAAGCUGUUUGACGACGUGGCGAUGGACGUGGUGCUGCUGCACUACCCAGACUACGAGCGGAUUCACUCGGAGAUCCACGUGCGGAUCUUUGAGCUGCCGGUGCACUACACGCUGCGGCAGCUGCGGCAGUCACACCUCAACUGUCUGGUGCGGGUCAGCGGAGUGGUGACGCGGCGCAGCGGGGUGUUCCCACAGCUCAAAUACGUCAAGUUCGACUGCACCAAGUGCGGCGUGACGCUGGGGCCGUUCCAGCAAGAAGCCAAUGUGGAGGUCAAGGUGUCGUACUGCCAGAGCUGCCAGUCGCGCGGACCGUUCACGCUCAACUCGGAGAAGACGGUGUACCGCAACUACCAGAAGCUGACGCUGCAGGAGUCACCAGGGACGGUGCCGGCCGGCCGGUUGCCGCGGCACCGCGAGGUGAUUCUGCUGUGGGACCUGAUCGACCGGGCGAAGCCGGGUGAGGAGAUUGAAGUGACGGGGAUCUACCGCAACAACUACGACGCGCAGCUGAACAACCGUAACGGAUUCCCGGUCUUUGCGACGAUCCUGGAGGCCAACAAUGUGGUCAAGGCGCACGACCAGCUAGCGGGCUUCCGGUUGACGGAGGAGGAUGAGCAAGCGAUCCGCAAGCUGGCACGGGAUCCGCAGGUAGUGGACAAGCUGAUCGCGUCGAUCGCGCCGAGCAUCUACGGACACAUGGACAUCAAGACGGCCGUAGCGCUGUCCCUGUUUGGCGGCGUGGCCAAGACGCGCAAAGGGGCACAUCACGUGCGCGGCGACAUCAACGUGCUGCUGCUGGGUGAUCCGGGCACGGCCAAGUCGCAGGUGCUCAAAUACGUGGAGAAGACGGCACACCGGGCGGUGUUUGCGACGGGACAGGGAGCCAGCGCGGUCGGUCUGACGGCGAGCGUGCGACGAGACCCGCUAACGAGCGAGUGGACGCUGGAGGGCGGCGCGCUGCUGACGGAGCCGAUCCUGUCGCGAUUCGACAUCUUGUGCGUCGUGCGCGACACCGUUGAUCCGGCCGAGGACGAGCGGUUAGCCCGCUUCAUCGUCGAGUCGCACGGUCGCAGCCACCCGGCCGCAUUGCCGGUUGAGAGCGAGGAGCAGCCGGACUCGGGCGCCGCGACGCAGGGCACCAGCAGCGGCACCGCGGCAGCCACGCCCGAAGGCCAGAUUCCCCAGGAGCUGCUGCGCAAGUACAUUCUGUACGCGCGGGAGCGCUGCUCGCCCAAGCUGUACAACAUGGACGAGGACAAGGUGGCCCGGCUGUUUGCCGACAUGCGGCGCGAGUCGCUGGCCACGGGGGCGUAUCCGAUCACGGUCCGUCAUUUGGAAGCCAUCAUCCGCAUCUCCGAGUCCUUCUGCCGCAUGCGGUUGUCAGAGUACUGCACGGCUCAGGACAUUGAUCGGGCCAUUGCAGUCACGGUCGAGAGCUUCAUCGGCAGCCAAAAGAUUAGCGCCAAGAAGGCGUUGGCACGCUCGUUUGCAAAGUACACGCUGGCGCGGCCCGGUCAGGGCGCCGGACGGCGACUGGGUGCUGGGACGGGCGGCAGCCGCGGUGGGCGUUCAGCAGCUGCGGCGGCUUAG